AUGGCAGCACCGAUUCCUUACCGCACAGUUAAAAAUCAUCAAUCCAUCGGAUCGUUUCCACCGGCAACGUAUUAUCGCGAUACGUACGGAUUUCAACCUGAACAUUCUCAAGCGCAUCCACAAAUAAAACGCACAACUGGUUCAAUAACAACAAUUGGAUCUGAUACCGAUACAGCGACUACUAAAUCUACUGUUCGAACAACAAUAAAUAUACAAAAUUUAAUGCUGGAAAGUUCAACAUCAAAGGGUACAGCAAAUACGCCAUCAUUUCAUAAAGGAAAAAAAUUGAAGAAAUUAAAAUUUGAGGUCGAGCAAAUGAUAACAAAUCAAUUAUUACUUUUCAACGCCCGAACACUUCUCGCAUUAUCACUGAUUGCAUUCGCUUCUGCCAUACAAUUGUUAAUAUUUGCAACGAUCUGCAUUUUUUACGAUGGUUGCCCUUAUUAUUUAGCGAUUUUAUCAAGCAUUAUUUUUAUGUAUAAUGCAUUAUUUAUUAUUUAUUUUAUUCGAUAUAGAUCAACGAAAAUUUUUUUGGUUUUAUGCACAAUUCAAACGACAAUCUGUUUUAUAUGUUCGUUAGGACUUUUCGUAUGGACGGCAUAUUUAAUUUAUGGAGAAGAUAGAAAUAUUCGAAAACAAGGAUGGUACUUUUAUGAAGAAAAUCUUUUAAAAAUCAAUAGGCUUAUAUCAAAUACUCGUAUUGCAAUGUACAGUCUUCAUAUGAUCCUUACACCAAUUCAAGGUCUCUGUUGUGCAGGAAUAUUAAAAAUAUUAUUUGAAAAUUUAUAUUCAUUAGAAAAAAAUAAAAUAAGUAAAGGAUACUUUUUUACGGAGCCAACGAUUGGACACCAGACAGUACUCGUUCCGAUUGAAUUAAAACGAGUGGAAAAUCUUGAUGAAAGUGAUGUCGAAAAUGCAUCAAUCGGAGUGCAAACAAGUGGCAACCAAAGUUCUAAAGAAACAAAUUGGACUUGA